AUGGAAUUAUUGGAACUCGUUGACAAUGAGCCAACAGCUCGCCCAUUCCGGUGCGACUGGAACCCCUGCGGCAAGAGCUUCAAUCGCAAAUCAGAUUUGCAGCGCCAUUAUCGUAUACAUACAAACGAUCGACCAUACGAAUGUACAGCUCCAGGAUGCAACAAAAGUUUUAUCCAACGAAGUGCUUUGACGGUGCACAUUCGAACACACACUGGGGAGAAGCCUCACAAGUGCCAACACCCGGGCUGCGGGAAGCGUUUCUCGGAUUCCUCAAGUUUAGCCCGACAUCGUCGAAUCCAUACUGGCAAGCGACCUUAUAGGUGUGCGCAUGAUGGCUGUUUGAAAAGCUUCUGCCGAAAAACAACCAUGGUCAAGCACCAACGGCGAUCUCAUCAGAAGGGAAUGCAUCUCUCAGAACUCGACGACUGUUCCUCCGAGUCCGACAGCGGCGAGUCUCCUACUACUCCAACUCAAAGGGCAGAGUCAUGGGCGCCUUAUCAUCAGUUACCGUCGCACGUAUCUGGCCACCCGCUCCACCGAUCUACCACUUUUGGAGACUUUGGGUCACACAUGGAUGAAUAUGCUGCCCAGGCCCAUUACCCUCAUCGUCACAGUAUAUCUACUAGCGAUGGUCAUGAAUAUCAAGAGAGUUCUGUCCCGGAGCAACACAGGGGGAUGCAUAUGCUCAACCGCCUGCAAAUACCUCCCAACCCCUAUUACGUACCGGAACAGAACAAUCCUGCCGUUGCCACAAUGAAUACAAACUCCAUGCAGCAAUUCCAAUCUAGCCCACCACAGUCUGAGCGGCCGCCGCAAGAGAUCACAGGCAACCUCAACGGACCUAUGCAGAAUGUGCCUAGCCAUUAUUCUCCCUCUGGCAUGGCCCGGGCUCCUUCCUCACAAAGUGGCUACUUCCACCCGGGUCAGUCUCAGGUGGUUGAUCAGCAGCUUAUGGCUCAAAUUCGGCAACAAUUGCAGCAGCAAUCUAUACACUCCAUAUCGCCAAUCCAGACUGUUCAGCCUAUGCAUGGGGCUCAAGAACAAUUCCAACAUCAACCCGGUCACCACUCUGGCCAGUGGUAUAAUGAAAUACCAUACCAAGCCCCCAUGGAGGUGGCCACGAUUGGUCAAAUCCCGACUUACGGCUCGGUGCUCUUUGACAACUGGGAGUAUAAGGCAGAAGAUGAUCCGACAAUGCAAAUGCCAAGUGCACGAAUUGACAGCAUGUAG